UAGAAAAAGAAAGGAGGGCUGGGGGAUAAGGAGGGAGUCACGUCGCUGACAUUUCCAAGCUCCUCCUCUGAUUGGCUCUUAUUUGAGGAAGCUCACGACUUCUUUCAACUAAUAAGCGCCUCCCCGUCGCCCUAAAGGACAUUAUAAUGCAAGGGACCUCCUUUUUUAACCACAAACCAAAUUUUUGUUCAUUUAGACCAUAUAUACUUUUUAAAUUGCUCCCAAAGUUGUAGGGAUUUUUUUGGAGCCUAUUUCACCCUGGAGCGGUACGCCAUGCUCUCACACGCCGACCUCCUGGAUGCUCGGCUCGGUGAGUUAUCGUCAGUAAACUCCGGCCCUAAACUCCAGUGGAUGAAGGAUGCGGCGGAGUUGCUCGGACAUCGAGAAGCUCUCAAGUGCCGGCUGGGAGGUGGAGUUGCAGACCAGGGACAUCCGGGAGACAUGGCCCCCGGUUCGGACUCUAUAGAGAGAACGACUCUCCUGCCGGGAGAGGACAUCACCACCGUUGGAUCCAACGCUUCUGGCAUGCCGGUGAACGGGAAGGAGCCGGAGAAACAGCAGCAGCAGCCUCAGCAGCAGCCGCAGCAGAGCUCGAGUCAAUCCGCCAGCCAGCAGAAACAGAAGAGACACCGGACGCGCUUUACUCCCGCACAGCUGAACGAGCUGGAGCGCAGCUUCGCCAAGACCCACUACCCUGACAUCUUCAUGAGGGAGGAGUUGGCGCUGAGGAUCGGACUCACUGAAUCCAGAGUUCAGGUUUGGUUCCAGAACCGACGCGCCAAGUGGAAGAAAAGGAAGAAGACCACCAAUGUGUUCCGCGCCCCGGGGACGCUGCUCCCAACACCCGGUCUGCCACAGUUCUCUGCCGCGGCCGCCAUGGAGAACAGCCUGUGCUCUUUCCACGCCAACGACACACGUUGGGCCACGGGUAUGCCGGGCGUGUCGCAGCUCCAGCUCCCGCCCGCCCUGGGUCGUCAGUCCGGUAUGGCCCAGUCUCUGUCACAGUGCAGUUUGGGUCCAGGCCCGCCGCCAAACUCAAUGGGUCUCUCCAACGGCCUGUCUUCCAACGGCUCCGGUCUUCAGUCCCAUCUCUACCAGUCGCCUUUCCCUGGAAUGUCGGCCUCUCUCUCCGGGCCCACGAACGUAUCGGGUUCCCCGCAGCUGUGUAGUUCCCCGGACAGUGACAUGUGGAGAGGGACAAGCAUCGCGUCGCUGCGGCGCAAAGCGCUGGAGCACACAGUGUCCAUGAGUUUCACCUAGUGAACUCCCCCAGACCCACUCUGGGACUCAUUUACGUCCUGCUCCAUUUAGAUCGACACCAGAGAAUGAGGGCGAGUUAAUCAGGAUUUAACUGGGAGGAAAUGGAGAGCGGGUGUGACUUCAUCUAGACUUAAUGACAAAAUGAGGACGGUCAAAGGGAAUGGAAAUUAAAACUUAAUUUUGCGGUUAUUUAUCUCGUUACCUCGAAGGGAUUUUAUCAACUACCGAUAAUAAAUAUUGUAUUGAUCUUUAGACUGCAGGCCCUACUUACUGUGAGCCAAAAAAUAUCGUGGUAUUUAUUUUCCCUUCGGUGCGUCUUCACGCACGUGUUAUUGUGUUCAGGUGAAGUUGUGUUUAUGUCAAACGGUUGUUUAUUAAAAUUUGAUAUACAUUUUGCGUAAGAAAAAAACCGACCAAAAUCCGCACCGUAUCAUAGGUGGGCCUGUUGAACUGGGUCAGAAGUGCACUGUGCAUGUGGAUUUAAACACUCGGAUCAUUGGAGGAGAGAAUGGUUCCCACUCAGAUUGAGCAGAUACCCAUGAGGUGACCUCGGUCCUCGGACCUCUGCAGGAGACACAGGAGCAUCAAUCAAAAAGAAGAAAAACGCAAAUAUAUAUACCAUGAUCGUUCAAUAGGCCUUCCAUGUUUUAGGAUGUUUUGUGUAGAUGAAACAUUCUUGCUGUGUACCGCUGGUCUUUUCUGUGACAUGUUUUAACUUAUCGUAUGUGCUAUUACUUGACACAUUUCUUAAAUGUUUGAUCUUACAUCGAAAUGCACCACACUGACGGCUUUGUACCGAUUUAAAAAUGACAAACAAAUAAAAAGGAAUUUUCAAGAACGACCCAAA